UCUGUUUCGAUUUUCCCAGCAACAGUUGAGAAUUUGUCGUCGAAGCGAACGGUAAAACACAAACCGCUUGCAACGUUCUCUGGAAGAAGCUCCAUGCGCGUCGUGGGUGACAAAUCACAAGAAUUAAACUAAAUUCCGACCAGAAACCAGAAACUGAACCAACCAGCCAUGACAACAACCAAAGAUCCCAAGGAGCAGGGAGCGAGCCCAGCCCCACAAUCCCAGAAGAAUGGAGUUGCCGGUGGACUUAUGAAGCGUCUGAGACGAUCUGCCUCCGCAACGGAACACAAUUUGAGCAAUCUGCGGAAUCGCAAGUCAACGCAGAACCUCUUCGAUCAGCAUGGAAAUCCCAUAGACUUGAAGCAGUAUCGCAAGGUGCUCGAUAAGGAUGAGAAUGGUAAUGGGACCAGUGAAAAGAAGCUACGCUAUCGACGCACCCAAAGUGUCACACGUGCCGAGGAAAUAUCCAACAAGGAGGCCAAGCAGCGCAAGGCACAACCCGACAGAUCCAUACAUCGUCCCCGCGAUUCAUUGUUCUCCUGGAGCUCGGGCUUCACGAACUUUACAGGUCUGGUUAACUGGGGAUUCCUGCUUCUCUGCAUUGGCGGCCUGCGUUUAGGUCUAGAGAAUUUACUAAAAUAUGGCAUACGCGUUAAUCCCAUUGACUGGUAUUUCUUUCUAAGUGGCCGCAAUGAGGGCGAAGGUCACAAUGCCCUACUCCUAAUCAUCUACUCUAUGGUUCACAUAUCACUUUGUCUGGCUGUUGAAAAGGGUCUCGCCUUGGAAAUUAUUUCCGAGGGUCUUGGUAUGUCUAUUCAAAUAAUAAACAUAGUUGUGUCGGUUUGUCUGCCUGUCGUCAUUAUACAUCUGAAAGGAUCUGCCUUUAGCAUAAUGGGUGCAACAACGGUGUGCUUCUUUUAUUCCGUGUUGUUUUUGAAACUCUGGAGUUACGUGCAGACCAAUAUGUGGUGUCGCCAGACUUACUACCAAAGGCAGCCACGUGAGCGAAGACCGAGUAUCACAUUGGCCGAGCUGAGAAAAAGGAACUUAAAAGACGGCGAAGAGGAUGAAGACAUUACGAAACUGGUGCAAUAUCCAGAGAAUUUAAGCUACAAAGAUAUUAUGUACUUCUUGUGCGCUCCCACACUUUGCUACGAACUCAAUUUUCCACGUACAUCGCGCGUCCGUAAACAUUUUUUGCUAAAACGUCUGCUGGAAGUGCUUGUUGGUGUGAAUGUGGUAAUGGCCUUGUUCCAACAGUGGAUAAUUCCCUCAGUGCGAAACUCUUUGAUACCUUUCUCAAACAUGGAUAUUGGGUUGGCCACUGAACGUUUACUUAAACUGGCGCUACCCAACCACUUGGCCUGGUUGUGCUUCUUCUAUCUGAUGUUCCAUUCAUUUUUAAAUGCCGUUGGUGAGGUUUUGAACUUCGCAGACCGCAAUUUCUACUGUGAUUGGUGGAAUGCCAACAAUAUCGACACCUUUUGGAGAACUUGGAAUAUGCCUGUGCACAGAUGGUGUGUGCGACAUCUCUAUAUUCCCGUUGUGCAGAUGGGAUAUUCCUCACGCCAAGCUUCAACAAUAGUCUUCCUUUUCAGCGCCUUUUUCCAUGAAUAUUUGGUCUCUGUUCCAUUACAAACAUACAAAAUUUGGGCGUUCCUUGGCAUGAUGGGUCAGAUUCCUUUAUCAGCCGUUUCCAAGUAUAUCGAGCGUCGGUUGGGUCCACGCAUGGGAAAUAUAAUAGUUUGGGCAUCCAUUAUUUUGGGUCAACCGCUGUGCAUCAUGGCUUAUUACCAUGACUAUGUCAUUACACAUUUCCAGACUGCGCUCAAUGGCACUGAUUUUCAGAACAGUUAGACUUUGGGGUAUAUAAUUUGGUCUGUACUUUUUUAAUUUAUAAGCCAAGUGCAAGUUGGGGAAACUUGAAUGCCACAUACAAAUCAAUUUUGUAGUCUUGAACAUGUUGCAGUACUGAGUAACAUAAAACGAUUGUUAUUUAAUGCAUUUGUUAAUGAUUUUAAGAGUCAUGUAAAUAAAGAGAAUGGAUAUUGAA